CUCUCCCUCCCUCUGCAACUCCAGCAUAGGUAACUGGUAAGUGGUAACAAAGUAUACCGAACUCCAAAUAAUCAUCAAGCCAAUCACAUUUUCACCAUUUUCACUAUUUUAUUUAAAUUUCUCCUCUCUCUCAAUCUCUCAAUCUCUCUCUCUCACUCUCACACACACUUUGUGGGUUCUUUUUUCUCUUCUUUUCAACCGCAGAGAAAGAGUUAUUUAUGCCUCGUCACCACACACUAUCUCAUCCACGCGAACAAGCCUUCCAUUGCCAGAGUUUGUUUUCGUUAAGAUAUCAAAAAUAUCUCUGAAUCUCUUGCUUUCAUCAUUUCUACAGCCUCACAGCCUUUUCUGGGCACAUCUUAAUCUUCUUGGCCUCUGUGUCUCCUUAGAUUUCUGUGCUUUUCUUUAGUCUUUCAGGUCAUGUAACUGCAGACUGUUGAACACCUCUGUUCUCUGUGAGCUCUCCAAACUGUUUGUGUUUUUCCUCAAAAGGGUCUUCACUGAAUAAUGUAAUAUUGAACAAGCUGUUUUGGCUGGUUUUCCUAUGUCUUUUUCUGAUGCCCAUGUGUUCUAAGCUGUUCUAGAUCAUUCCUAUUGAGAUUUCAGUCAUGGGUUCCCGCUAAUUUUGCUGUUCUGAAUCUGUGCACUUCGAUUUUCAAGGUUUAGGUUGCGUUCAGGUAAUGCCCAUUUGCUUCAAAUUGUUAUAGACAAUCCUAAAUUCAGUUUGUGAUAAUGGGUCUUCGUUAAUUUUUGUGGCUAUUACUCUCUGAACCUCACAGCUCUCCCCUUUAUCCCCUUUAUCGAGGUCUUUAUGAGUGAUAGCAUGUAAAAUUAGAUCAUGUAACUGAUCUUGAGGGUUCUGCUGCAUUUUAUUUUGGCUAGAAUAGUCUUGGUAGGAGUUAGUUGAUGAACAGGAGGCUUUCAUGAUAGUUUACUAAGAGGGGAAGUGAUGGAUCUGUGCUUUUUCCAAGUCAACCGCUAGCUGAGAUCUGAGGAAAUGGGGAAUGUCUGUUUAUUUCGUUAAUCUUGAGGGUACCAAUUCCAAAUGAAUUCCUUUCGCUAGUACUAUUGAAUUUUACUCAGAUAUGGAGUUCAGGUAACUGAGAAAGAAUCAGUAGUGCCACACAAUUUUGAGUCACAUUCAUUACUCAUUGAUUCUUUUGUUCGUUAUAUCAAUACAUCCAAAAUCAUUCUUUAUAUCUUCCUUUGAAAUGUAAAGUUCUUGAAUUGUAUACAUUUAUUCAUGGACCUCAUCAGGGGUCGCUUAUACAUUGAAAAAUAAUGAAUCAGCAUUAUUUCUUUCCCGCUUCUCCUUCCAAUUCAUUGAUGAUGAAGAAGUCCUUGUCUUUCUGCCCAUAAUUUCUGAUCACUAUCCUCACUGAUGCAAAUUUAGUUAUGGUGUUGGCCUCUCGAGUCUCUUAUAUCUGUGUUCAAUAGUGUUUUUCGUAUCACUUCUCUUGUACCUAUCAGUUGUUUGUCAAAGAAAAAAAAUUGUAUUCCCUUCUUCCUCACAAGAAAAAAAAAAUACAAGUGGUCAUGGAAGAAACAUUUGUUCCCUUCCGCGGAAUCAAGAAUGAUCUCAAAGGAAGAAUUUUAUGCUACAAGCAAGACUGGACUGGCGGUCUUCGAGCAGGUAUCGGGAUUCUGGCUCCAACGACAUACAUAUUCUUUGCUUCAGCAAUUCCAGUCAUAUCUUUUGGGGAGCAGUUGGAAAGAUACACAAAUGGAACCUUAACUGCAGUGCAAACCCUUGCAUCAACAGCCCUCUGUGGGAUCAUCCACUCAAUUGUUGGAGGACAGCCACUGCUUAUACUUGGAGUGGCGGAGCCAACAGUGUUGAUGUACACAUUUAUGUUUAACUUUGCUAAGGACCGGAAGGAUUUGGGGCAGGAACUCUUCUUGGCCUGGACAGGAUGGGUUUGUGUAUGGACAGCCCUAUUGCUCUUUUUGCUGGCCAUUCUGGGAGCAUGCUCUAUAAUCAAUAGAUUCACACGCAUUGCUGGUGAAUUAUUUGGUCUGCUUAUUGCAAUGCUCUUUAUGCAGCAGGCUAUUCGGGGAGUUGUGGAGGAAUUUGGAAUACCCCAGAGAGAAGAUCGUAACCAAACUGCAUUCCUGCCCUCUUGGCGCUUUGGCAAUGGAAUGUUUGCAUUGGUUUUGUCCUUUGGCUUACUUCUUACUGCAUUAAGGAGCCGUAAGGCUAGAUCCUGGCGCUAUGGUACAGGCUGGUUACGGGGGCUUAUUGCGGAUUAUGGAGUCCCAUUUAUGGUGGUUGUGUGGACUGCUGUAUCUUAUAUACCGGUUAAUGAUGUCCCAAAAGGGAUCCCACGGCGGCUUUUCAGCCCAAAUCCAUGGUCUCCUGGUGCAUACUCAAAUUGGACUGUUAUCAAGGAAAUGUUGGAUGUCCCCCCACUGUACAUUGUUGGGGCAUUUAUUCCAGCAACUAUGAUUGCUGUGCUGUACUACUUUGAUCACAGUGUUGCGUCUCAACUUGCACAGCAAAAGGAGUUCAAUCUGAAGAAACCAGCUUCAUAUCACUAUGAUCUUCUUCUUUUGGGUUUCUUGGUCAUAUUGUGUGGUCUUAUUGGCAUUCCUCCUUCCAAUGGAGUUAUUCCACAAUCUCCAAUGCAUACAAAAAGCUUAGCCACUCUGAAACAUCAGCUUUUGCGGAAUAAGCUCGUAUCGACUGUCCGAAAAAGUAUGCGUAAAAAUGCAAACCUGGGUCAACUGUACAGUAGCAUGCAAGAAGCAUACAAUGAAAUGCAGACUCCACUUGUUUAUCAAACUCCCCCUGCUCUGGGACUGAAAGAGCUGAAAGAAUCCACAAUCCAACUGGCCUCAAGUACAGGCUUCAUUGAUGCCCCAGUUGAUGAGACGGUCUUUGAUGUGGAUAAAGAUGUAGAUGAUCUUUUACCGGUUGAAGUCAAAGAACAACGCCUUAGCAAUCUACUUCAGGCAAUGAUGGUUGGUGCGUGUGUUGCUGCCAUGCCUGUUCUGAAGAAGAUACCAACUUCAGUUCUUUGGGGCUAUUUUGCUUUCAUGGCGAUUGAAAGCUUGCCUGGAAAUCAGUUCUGGGAGAGAAUUCUGUUACUUUUCACUGCUCCAAGUCGAAGAUACAAGGUGUUGGAGGAGUGUCAUGCAACAUUUGUUGAGACUGUGCCAUUCAAAGCAAUUGCCACCUUCACCUUGUUCCAGACGGUCUACUUGCUUGUGUGUUUUGGUAUAACAUGGAUCCCAAUAGCUGGGGUCCUUUUCCCAAUGAUGAUCAUGCUUCUCGUUCCAGUACGGCAGUAUUUGCUCCCCAAGUUUUUCAAAGGAGUCCAUCUUCAAGAACUGGAUGCAGCGGAAUAUGAAGAAGCCCCUGCCAUGACUUUCAACAUGUCAUGUGAAGAUCAGGAUCCUCAAGCAAGAACUACCCACAUUGAUAGUGGGGAAAUUCUUGAUGAAAUGAUCACAAGAAGCCGUGGUGAGAUCCGUAAUACACAGAGCCCAAAAGUAACAAGCUCAUCCCCUGCCUCACUAGGGGAUAUGAAACCUGCAUAUAGCCCUAGGCUAUCACAGAGGGCAUACAGCCCACGCUUGAGUGAGUUGAGGGCAGAACAGAGCCCCAGAUUCACUGGAAAGGGAGUUGAGCUGAAAGAAACUCCCAGUCCUAGGCCAUCUAUCCUUGGGAAAAGUCCUCAUGGUUCGUCUUCAAGCUAAAAGUGUAAAUUUAUUGUUCUGGUGAGUCUACUUAUCAGUGGUGCUCGAGAGGUCUUUGUUUUAAGUUCAUGUAACCAAGUGUGUUUCUUUCUGCUUCUAACCUGUCAUGAUAAUGUGGAUUGUUUGUCAGUAAUGCUUUCCUGUAUCUCCUAAAGAGACUGGGCAGAGGACACAAUUAUGAUAGUGGAAAAUGUGUUUAUUAUACUUAA